AUGGAACGCCAUCAUGUGAGUCUUCUUGAUAGUUCCGUUGCUUCGCAGCUGCCAUCGAUGCGAGGAGACGAAGAACAGCACCAUUUUGAACCUGCACAUUCCCCACUGCUAGGGAGUACAACUGGUCCGGCACAUGCCUCAGUGUUGCAUGAGUCUAUCAAUUCAUACCCCAAAAGUGGUGGUCGUCGUUUCUCUAACACGCAGCGGGAAUUAAUGAGCAGUGGGCAGCCACAAACAACGAUGACAUCCACUGGUGGAGGAUCCCUUUCUACAGGAUUCUUUCGACGGCGCUCUAUGCGGGGCAAGAGUACCUCUACGAACCCCACGAGGCACGCUGCAAACAGACAGAACAUGUAUGUUGUUCAGCUUGAAGGGGACACUGGUGGUAUCGAAAUGCAAGCGGCAAGUUCUCGUCUCCAAAGUGCAAUAGGGAUUCGAGAAAAGUAUAAGACUGUGGACAAGGGUCAACAAGAGGGAACAGAACGACUGGUACCACCAGUAGUAUUAUCCUUCGAAACAGGUGUUAUUCAGUUUAGUGAUCAGCGUACAAAUAUUGUUCCAUGGGAGCAGUUCUAUGAUGAUGUCACAGAAAUAUAUACUACCUUACAGCAUCCUAUUUGUUGCCGUGCCUGCUCCCAUAGACUCCAGGUACUGGAAGAAAAGUACAAGUUGUAUAAGCUCUGCAAUAAUGAAUAUGAAAAUUCUGAUCGCUACCGUCGUGGGGGUGGCGUAUUCGCCGAUUGUACAAAAGUUGACAACAGUGUUUACCUCGCUUCUAUCAUGAAUGCUCAACAGUUAGUGGAGUACAUGCAAGAGACAUUAGAUCGGUAUGGAGAAGAAGUAGUACGCUAUGUGGGUGAAAAAAAGGAACCGCAGACACUGCAGUCAAUGUGUGAACAACUUGACUUUCCCGAUCCCGCCAAUAUUACUGUUGACACUCUUGGUUUAUUACCUCCCAACGAGAAACGAUUGUACCGCUACGAUAUUCUCGACCCAGAACUUAACCGUGCUGGUCGCAACAGUGCAGAGUUGUUGCGUCUUUUUCUUACACCAGACACAUUAAAUAAAGGACGGUUCUUUGCAGAUGCUGUACGGCCUAUGUUAGCUAAAAAUGAUUCACGACGGCGAAAUAUUGAGGCAACGGAGAGUAUCAUCGAAAUUGGUGGGGUAACCCCAGAAGACUGGGAAAAAAUGGCGCAAUGGAUCCAUGAAAAUGAACUGGCAGAACAGGAAAACAAUCAAUGGCUUGUUGCGAUAUCACGACGUAUGAUUCGUAAGGAAACAACGAAAGACACUUUUGAACACCACCAACAACAUCUUGAAAAUCUUUUUUUACCACUUUUUAUGGCCACAUUGGCACCAGAAGAUCCAAGGAACACACAAUUGGCAUCUUUUCUUGCUCGUAUCGGUGGUUUUGUGAUUGUGUCUGAUGAAGAAGAACGUGGUAACGAUUUUCAGCGAAAGUCAAGACGACCAGCAGAGGUUCCAUGGUCAGAGAAUGUAUGUGAUCUUUAUUUUGCCUACAAUAUCUGGGCAAAUUUGUGUUCUCUCAAUGCCUUUCGACGGCGCAAAGGCCUCAACACACUUCAACUUCGUGCUAUUGCUGGAGGUCGUAGUACUCAGUUAGAUGUCCUUGUAUAUUCGUAUCUCCUUUGUGAUAGUGUCUCAAAUGGCAUUAUUCUUGAGAAUCAUCCUGUAUUGCAGUACCUUUAUGGUAUUCAUCGUAUUGGUAUGAUGAUAUCACCUCUUAGUAACAAUGGAAUGGGUUUGCCGUAUAUGCAAAAUCCCUUCCCAGUUUUUUUUCGACGAGGACUUAAUGUUUCACUUUGUACUGAUCGACCUGUACUUUUUCAUCACUCUAGAGAAGCGAUUAUAGAAGAGUAUGGAACGGCAAGUAAAUUAUAUCAAUUAUCUGGUACAGAUGUUUGCGAAAUUGCGUUAAACUCUGUGACAAUAUCAUCCUUUUCAUACAACACAAAGGCGGCAUGGCUUGGUGAAGCAUUUAUGCAAGAGGGUAUAAAAGGAAAUUUAUUUGAAUUAAGCAAGGUACCAACACCUCGUCUAGAGCUUCGGCAAGAAAUGUGGCAGACGGAGUUACAGGUUAUAACUGAAGCGACAAAACAGCAAAUACAGACUGAUGAUGAUGGUUGCAUUUUGACAUCUCCAGCUGCUCCUGCUAUUAGUGAAGCUAACUGCAGCCUCGGUGUAUCACCAACAGUUAAGGUUGUACCAUCAACUCAGUUCCCUUACAUUGUGCAAGAUCCUCACAUUGAUUUCCCACGAGUUGUGUUUGUUGGGCCUUAUGAACGUGAUCCCUCGUACACAACUGUGGCGCAGUUAUUACACCGAGCACUAGAACUUCGUGCGCAGUAUGUUCGUCAACACCGUGCUGGUGAAGCUGGAGCUGGAAAGGAGAUGUUAAACCCACAUGAAAUUGAAAAUGCGUUUCGUCGUGAUGAGGCAUUUGAUGAAGAUGAGUGGAUGUUUAAAACGGUUGAAGGUAUUCUUGUGCCGCAUGAAGUACAUCAAAUUCCUCGACUUCCAAAGGAAAUGUUUCACUACGAUGACUUCCGUGUUCACGUGCAGGAGUUGCGUCAAAUUAUGGAUAAUAUAAACGUACGAAAUUUUGCAGCACGAAGAUUGGAUUUGUUAGAACAUAAAUUCUUACUUCACAUUGCUCUUAAUCGCAGUCUUGAAGCAGGUACUACAGCCGAGAAGGCUUCACAAAAUCGUGACUUUUAUCAAGCGACAAAAGUGGAUAAUAAUGUUCGUAUGGAAAGUGGUAUGACAGCACGACAACUUUUGAACUUUAUUAUUUCCAAAGCGAAUAAUAGUGGUGAUGAUAUUGUUGCACAUCAAGAAGGAAAGGAACCACAAACACUUCGACAACUAUUACAUGAACUGAAUAUAUCUCCAAACAAUCUUACAGUUGAUGAUCUUAAUGUACAAGUGGAUGCAACACUAGGAGUGGCAAGUGCACAGUACCUUCCAGAGGGUCGGGAUGAGUUACUUACUUUGUUACUUAAAACAGAUAAUCAAAUGAAAGGACGUUACUUUGCCGAACUGACAAAACUUACCUUUGAAAACUUUAAACACGAUCGUUUUACUUUUACAGAAAAUCGAUUACCAAUCUAUGGUGCAAAUGACAUGGAAUGGAGUCGACUUUCAGAUUGGUUUGACACUCAUGGUAUGGCAUCUGUACAUAAUAAGUGGAUGGUACAGGUUCCACGUAUUUACUCUUACCUACGUAAGCGGGGUAAUGUACAUAGCUUUGCUGAAUACCUUGAAAACGUCUUUAAACCACUUUGGGCUGUAUCUCUACAUCCCAGCAAAGACCCUCGACUCUUCCAUUUUAUCAGUCACAUAUCCGGUUUUGAUUGUGUGGAGGAUGAACACCGUCCUGACACGCCACUUCACUUGGCGACAAAAGCCCCGCAUGAGUGGACCUCUGAAGAGGAACCACCAUAUAAUUAUUACAUGUACCAUAUGUGGGCAAAUAUCUACUCCCUUAAUGAGUUCCGAAGGCGACGUAAUUUCUCAACUUUUACAUUUCGUCCAAGUUGUGGUGAAGCAGGUUCAGUUGAUCAUCUCAUUGGUGGAUUUCUACUCGCUAAUGCUAUUAACUACGGUGUCACACUUGCAGAUGAUGUGGCAUUACAGUAUCUAUUCUAUCUUGCACGAAUCGGAGUAACGGUAAGUCCAUUAAGCAAUAAUACUAAAGUUCUUGGUUAUCUUGACAAUCCGUUUCCUCACUUCUUUCGCCGUGGUAUAAUGGUUUCACUAAGCACUGAUAGCCCGCUCAUGUUUCAUCACACUCAGGAGCCCCUCCUUGAGGAGUACUCCAUUGCAUCUAAAGUGUGGAAAUUAGGGCCAAAUGAUAUGUGUGAAAUCGCACGCAACAGUGUACUACUUUCCGGUUUUGACGCUUCCUUUAAGCGAGAGCGCCUUGGAGAUCUUUACUUUCUUUCAAGUAGCCGAAGUAAUGAUGCAUCCCGAACACAUCUUUCGGAUAUCCGGGUGGCGUAUCGCUUUGACACCUACCACACUGAGCUUGCAUUGUUAGAACAUAUAUCCGGUUUUAAAUUCCCCAAGGCCCUUCUUACUCUUAGUGAAGAGAGUGCACGAGAGGCAGACUUUCUUGAAGCAAUAAAGAAGAAGAAAGAAGUACCAAGGGGAGGAAUCAUCGAUUUGAAACCGGAGGAAGCAGACAUUGGAAUGCUUCAGAAUAAUCGUACACGCAUGCAACAACGUUUAGAAGAACUUAGUAAUACCUUGGUAGAAUUACAACGACAAAAUAAACAGUUGACAGAAAAACUUGCAGAUGAGCAUUCACGAGAUCAACAAGCUCAACAGUUACGUCGUCGUGGUAUGGAGAAACGGUGGGAGCAGCUACAAGAUGCGGAAGAAAACCAAUCAGUAUUGGCACCUGGAGAAGAAGGUUACUCUGAACUUGAACUUGAUCCUGCUAUGAUGUCAUUUUUUGCGGGUGGUGCUGGUGCUGGUGCUGCUGCUACUGCCACAAUAAGAGGAAGAGAGGAGUUGUGUGAUACUGAGACAGGCCACUCUGUUGUACAACAACAACAUCCGCAACAGCAGUUCUUUAAGCAACAAGAUAGUUACCCCGGUCAAUCCCUCUCUAUGGCAUUUAAUGGCAUGAAUGUUAUGGGAACAACCAUAGCCAAUAUCAAUAAUAGCAGUCCUGCUACUGCUAAUAAUAUUGAUUUUGCUAACACUCCGUCCAGUAUUAGUGCAGCUGCUGCCGCACUGGUGACAAUGUCAGAAAAUCUAUGGAGUAAAUCGUCUGGUAAUUCCCGCACAGAUAAAGGAUCGGGCCAAGGAAGCGGGAGCACAUCCGUACUGCCACCAAUAAUUGCGAAUUCAUUGCGCAUGAGUCACCGCGGUGUGGCGUCGGAGAAACCUCAAUCCACGUCUGGGAAAACAACAACUCCAAAUCCAACACCAACACCACCAAGGCGCAGGUCAAGAGGUUCCACAGCACAACCGCCUACACCCACUUCUUCAGCAGCACUUUAG